AAAUGUAAAUUAAACCCAAUGGGUGCUGCACAUAUAUGGAAUUUGUUGCGUUAUCAUCAUUUCGGGUUGCGGCAACUGCAUUGUCGACUGUAUAAGCUAUGUUAUCGCCACUCGGCUACCGAUGACAUUGAAGGACGCUUUAGACACGUUAACAACGCUCUUUCUCGGACGGAUGGAUGCUAUGACCAAAAUGUCUUUCAUCAUGACUCUUUAGAUCCCAAAGUUGAUACAGGAGGACCUUCUGCGGAUCACUCAGGGCCUGCUCUGGACAGUGAGAUGAUUCGUUCCAUACCUCUAGAACGUAUAGAAGAUGCGUUAUUACAGUCAGUACCAGAGAACAUCAGGACCUGCAGCAUCGAGAACGAAUCGCUAACACCCGGUCAAUUGUUUUACCUAGAGAAUCGAGAUAAACUGCUGGAAAAUCUUCGCCGGCGUUAUUUCGAGGAGAGUGGUGUAGAGGCUCCAAGUGAUGGAGAGAUAGAGAGCAUCCUACCGCUUCUUAUGGAAGAGGAGAAGUACGGUUCUUAUGAUCAUGCAUCAGUUGUUUCACCUGGUAAACAUCAUCUUUGGGACUACGAUACAGGUGCCGUUUCAUCCAGGAAGCAAACAAUCCAUUUACAUAAAGGCCAGAUGCCGACAUUGCAGCAGAUAGUUGAUAUUUUGGAACAGGAGCGUAUAAUGCAUGUUUCGGUUGUAGACAUGGACAGUUGUAACCGCCGGGACCAAGGCAUGUACUGCAUAGUUGGCACGGGUGCGACACGGUCUCAUUGCAGGCGCGUCGGAAGAUUGCUAUAUCGUGUCAUAGUCGAUCUAGAAAUACCCUUUGUGUCAGAUACUUCUUAUUGCUGUCAUUCCCGGAGUGAUGAAUGGAUAGUAGCUCGUCUAGGCCCUCUUUGCGUACACCUAAUGGUAAAAGAGGUUCGUGAGAAACAAAGCAUUGAGGAUAUAUGGGAGGAAUCUCGCGUAGAUGAAGGUAGCCGCGUAUCGCAAUCAUUACCUGAGAUGGAUACACCGAGUGAUGAAAAUACAUUAACACGAUUAAAUUAAUUUGUUGUUGUUACAUUUUGACCUGU